GGGCAGGAGCGGAGCGGGGCGAGGGCCAUCCCGUCCCGUCUCACCGCGGGAUUGCUGCGGGGCAUCAGCGGGGCCCGUCCAACCCCGGGCUUGCUGCGGGGUAAUCGGCCGGGGCUCGGGGCUUGUCCUGCCCUGGAGCCGGUGGGCAGGGACGGAGCCUGGCGUGGGGGUGGGGAGGCCAUACCCGCCCAGGGGACCCGGCCCCUGCUGCAGCACCGCGCUCAGCGGCCUCGGCCCGAGCGAUGGAUCGGUACCACGUCCUGGAAAUGAUCGGCGAAGGCUCCUUCGGGCGCGUGUACAAGGGGCGCCGGAAACACAGCGCCCAGGUGGUGGCCUUGAAGUUCAUCCCCAAGGUGGGGCGGUCUGAGAAGGAGCUGAAGAACCUGCAAAGAGAAAUUGAGAUCAUGAGAGGCCUCCAUCACCCCAACAUCAUCCAGAUGCUUGACAGCUUCGAGACGGAUAAGGAGGUGGUGGUGGUGACUGACUAUGCAGAGGGGGAGCUUUUCCAGAUCCUGGAGGACGAUGGGAGUUUGCCUGAGGACCAGGUCCAGACCAUCGCUGCUCAGCUGGUCUCUGCUCUCUAUUACCUGCACUCCCACCGCAUCCUGCACCGAGACAUGAAACCCCAGAACAUCCUUCUGGGCAAAGAUGGUGUUGUCAAGCUCUGUGACUUUGGGUUUGCCCGUGCCAUGAGCAUCCAUACCAUGGUGCUGACCUCCAUCAAGGGCACCCCACUGUAUAUGUCCCCUGAGCUGGUGGAGGAGCGGCCGUAUGACCACACAGCAGAUCUCUGGUCUGUGGGCUGCAUCCUGUACGAGCUGUUUGUGGGCACUCCUCCCUUCUACACCAACAGCAUCUUCCAGCUUGUCAGCCUCAUCGUCAAGGACCCUGUCAAAUGGCCCACGGCCAUGAGCCCGGUGUUCAAGAGCUUCCUUCAGGGACUACUAAUGAAGGACCCCCACCAGCGUCUGUCAUGGCCAGAGCUGCUCUCUCACCCAUUCAUUGCUGGACGGGUUACUGUGAUCGAUGACACAGAAGAGUGUGGGAUCUCAAACCCCUUUACCACGAAGCUGUCCCCAGAACUGCAGGCCCUGAAGGAACAGCAAGCCCAUUCCCUGGUCCCCAGGAGCAGCCAGUCCAGGAUCCUGAGAAAGGCCCAGCAGAAGAUGGUUGAAGAGGCACAGAAAAAGGGGCAACUGAAGGCAGGUGAUGCAUCUAUGAAGGACUCUGGCAAUGGACACCCCAGGCAUAGACCCAGAGCAGGUCCAGGCAAGGCAGCCUCUGAGGAGGGGGAGCCGCUGGCUGCCUCCAAUGAGAAUAACUCUGGUCUCCUGCAAAGAAAGAGCAGCAUGGCAGAGUGGGAAUUGGAGGAGUCUCUUCCUGACCCAUGCCAGCACAGCAUCUCUCGAGACUAUGAGCGGGAGUUUCCUGGAGCAGGUGCACCUCCUGAUGCUGGCAGGGCAGAGCCCGGGGGCAGGCGCAGCAUUGAGGCCGUGGACCUGGAGAGCGAGGAGCUGGAGAGCGAUGAGGAGUGGCAGCACCUGAUUGAGGCCACUGAGCCCUCGGCCAUGCAGCUGAGCACACCACUGAGCCUCCUGAGGGACCCAGCCUUUCAGCACCGUGUCCAGGACUGCCUGGCAGACUCUGCUCAGCAGGUGCUGGAAGGGAUGCUGGAGGGCGCCUCCUAUCUCCGUCCCGUGCUUCGUGUUGUGGGGAACCUCCUGGCUACCCGGUGUGACUCUGAGCUGCUGGACCACUUCUGCCAAGAACUGAAUGUGCCUCUGUCCCUGCUGUGUUUAGCCAAGCAGAUCCUGGAGAGCGGUUGCACCAAGCAGCAGCCCUGGUGUAUCACUGUGCUGACAGACCUCCUCAUGGUGACCACAGUUUAUUUCAGCAGUGAACGCAGCCUGGAGGAGAGUGGGCAAAAGGACAGCCUGCAGACCUUCCAGGAGAGUGCUGGCUGCUUCCUGGCCCUGCUGCCGGAGCUGCUGGCUCAGCCAGUCGACAGUGAGAUGAGACUCUGCCAGCAAAGCCUUCUGUGGUGGCAACCCCUGUGUCUUCCCCAGUGCUUCACCCAGCUCUGUGAGAGCCUGGAUGCGACAGACCCCUCCAUCUCUGCACCCUUCUAUGCCAUCCUGCGAGAGGAGCAUCAGCCACUGCUGAACAGACUCCUUCAGGGAUCCAUCUCAGAGCAGCCUGCUCUGCGAGGUAGCAGGGUAGCAGCUCACCACCUCUUCCUGGGGUUUCCCUUCUCUCUCUCUUGCUCUUGGGCUCCAUCAGAGCACUGGCAGCCAUUGCAGUGCUGUUGGCCAGAGAAGGUGGCUGAAGCUUAUCUGCCCAGACCCCUACUGACCAGGGCUCUUCUCUCCCUUAAUCUCAGAUCUCACCCUCCUCAUGUCACAAGCUUUUCCUCUCUUGCCCUCCAACCUCAUCCUGCUGCCCCUCAACACCCUCAGCACAUGACUCCCAAGUUCUGCCCCUGCGUAGGUGCAGCGAUGGAGGCCAAGUCAGACCAGAGCCCAUGUGUGGCAGACCUCUUCAUGGCUGCACUGGCUGCUGCCUGCAGUAUCCCCCUGGAGAGGAACAGCUGUCGGGAAGCCAAACAGCAGGUCGCUCAGGUGGUAGCUCAAAAGCUUAUGGAAGGAGAGAGCCAGAAGCUUGGGAAACUGCUGGGAAGACUGGAGCGCUCAAGCUGCUCCUUGAACGUACUGAAGAUCCUCUAUGCUGGCUGCCAUGGCCACCCAAGCCUGUGUCAGCACCUGGGAAGGAGCCAACAGCUGUGGGGUUUCCUCAUGCAGCUCUUGAAGGGUGAGGUCCCCUUGGUGGAGGUGGCCCAGGAGGCAGCCUGUGAGGCCUCUGUGUGCCUGCUAGCCCUGCUCACUCUGCACUUUCAGGCCUCCCCUCCCAGGCUUGGGGAGGUGGUUACCUUGGCUGUGGAUCUCAUCACGCAAUCUCCUGUUGUCUGCCUUGUGGGUGCUGCAGCAUUCCUCCUAGCACAGCUCAGUCAGCAUGGGGUAGCCUUGGAGCUCAAGGGAGAAGAAGUCCUACCAGUGGUGACAAAUGCGCUGACAACACCUGCUAAGCUGCAGCUUCCCCUGCCAAUGGGUGCUGGUCUCUAUGAUGGGCUCUUUUUCCUCCUGCUGAAACUCCUUGCUCAGGAGGAUGUGGCCAUGGAGCAGGGCUUUGCCUCCUCAGAGCUGUGGAGCCUGGUCUGGCAUUGUGUUGCUGUGGUGCUUCAAGUGGGCAGUGACAGGGCAGCGCUGGAGGGAGAGCCCCCAGGGGCAGGCCACCCCAUGACAGAGCCAGACUGGAACCUCCUCUCCCCUCAAGGCACCCUGCUCUUCCUCAGCCUGGCCCUCUGCAUCUUCACUCGUGAGUUGCACCAGUGCCUGCCUCAGCUCACCCAGUCCCGUGGUAUUCUCAUGGUGACCCUGAAGAGACUGCUGUCCCCCAGCUUCCUGGAAUGCCUGGCGCAGACGCAAGCAGGAGAGGAUGGGGACCCUGAGGUUGUCCCAGCUGUGGUCAUCCAGGCCUGCCAGCUCCUCUGUUUCCCUUUUGCCCAGGAUGUGGAUAGAGACACCUUAGCACUGAUCCUGGAGGCUAUGAGAGACACCCAGAUCCCUGCCCAGCUGCUGCAGGUCUGCUCUCGCCAUCUGCCCCUCUCAUUCACAGAGCUCCCUAUGAGCCUCUUGUGCCACCUCGUUGUGUCUGACAUGCAGGUCAUAGACCAAGUGGUGAGGGAAGCUGCCGCCUCGGAGCAUGUCAUUGCCUUUUUCAGAUCUGCCUUGUUCUCAGACAACCUCACACUCACAACUGACCUCCUGUCUCUCUUGACCCACGUGGCCCGGGUCUGUUCGGAGCAUCUGCCCUUUCUCCAGAGGAUCCUGAGGGGCUUGGAUGUGGCUGACCAGCCACUGACCUACCUGCUCGGCCACCAGCAAUACCUGAUACGGGCCAAAACCUGCAAUCUGCUGGGCAACCUGCUCCGACACGGCUUUCCCGCGGCGCUGCAGAGCCAUCCCGGCUGGCUGGAGAGCCUGCUGGGGUGCCUGUCGGACGCGGAGGGCAGCGUGCGCAAGGCAGCCAGCUUUGCUGUGGGCAAUGCCGCCGGCCACGCGUCCUGCCCGGCCGGGACCCUGCGCAGGGCCGUGCCCGCGCUGGCCCGGCUGCUCAGCGACCUGCAGGCGAAGACGCGCUGCAAUGCGGCCCUGGCCCUGAGCAACCUGGGCCAGCGCGGGGCAGAGCUGGGCGACCUGCUGAUCCAGAGCAGGGCCCCCCACUUCCUGCUGCAGGUGGCCUGCCAGGACCCCCGGGAGAGCGUGCGGGAGGGAGCCCUCGUGGCGCUGCGGGUCCUCAGCGAGCACCCCGGGAUCCAGCAGGUGCUGCUAUCCCUCGGAGCCCCCGACAGGCUGGCCGCGCUGGCUGGCGGCAGCCCCCGGCCGCCUCAUGCCCGGCAUUGCGAGGAGCUCCUCCGCCGGCUCGCAGCCGUGCCCGGUCCCGCGUGUCCCCGCCGGCUGCCGCCCGGCACCGGCGCCGAGCGGUGA